AUGGCAAUCGUACCAUACGAUGAACAGAGACAAUGUUUGAUCUCACAGUUCCUGGGCAUUCAAGUCUCUCACACUUCAGCCGGCAUACUCCUCCAUCAAACUCAAUAUGCUCUCGAUCUAGUAGCAUCAGCUGGACUGCAGCAUAGCAAGCCAACACAAACACCCGUUGCCCUCAGGUCCACUCCAACAGCAGCAGACUCUGCUCUGUAUCCCGAUUCACAUCACUACAGGCAACUGGCAGGAUCACUGAAUUACCUGACAAUUACAAGACCUGACAUAGACUAUGCCGUCAACUGCAUUUGUCAAAAAAUGCACCGACCCACCAUGGCUAACUUCAUCGCCCUCAAACGCCUACUUCGCUACGUUCAAGAUUGGGCCGGAGACACCCGCGAUCGCAAAUCUCUUACAGGAUUCUGCACCUAUCUCGGCACAAGCUUGGUAUCCUGGUGCGUAAAGAAGCAGGCCACCGUCACAAAAUCGUCCACCGAAGCCGAAUACCGAGCUCUCUCCUCCGCCACCUCCGAUGUCAUCUGGCUUCGGCGACUAUUAGCUGACUUCCACAUCAUUCUGGACAAACCAACUCCAAUCUUUUGCGACAAUACCUCAGCGAUUGCUCUCGCUCACAACCCAGUUUUUCACACCCGGACCAAGCAUAUAGAAAUUGAUUAUCAGUUUAUCCGGCACCACAUUGACACCGACGCUAUUCUCAUUCACCACAUAAACUCGGAAGACCAGCCUGCUGACAUUCUUACUAAGCCAUUGUCCUCCUCUCGGUUUACCCAUCUCCGGACCAAGCUGAGCAUUCGUUCAUAG